GGCAGGAUGAGUUUUAGAUGUUAUAUAUAGGACACGUCGCUUAUUUCUCAACAACUUGAACACAGAACUAUUUAAAAAAAUUCCAGUAGUUUUUCUAGUUACUACUAUUGGAGAUGUGGAAGUAUGAAGAUACUUGCACUAGGAACUGUUCCCGUGGUGCUUAUAAGCUUUCUGAUCUCAACGAAUCAUGGAGCGGUAUUGCGGAACAACGAACGAAUAGAGAGCGAUCCAGUAAUUUUCCGUGUCCAAGGUGUGUUAAACAAUAUACAGAAGCCCCGACAGGAGAUCAUAGACCAUGUUACCAAAGGUCGUGGAAGUGAAUCUCUUGGCACAAACGACCGCUGGUUGCGCAGAAAGAUCCAGACUGGACAAAGUGGGAAUGACAGCUUACAUGAUGCACUAUCACCGAUAAUAAAUUUUAAUGGACGUCAACAAGCCACAAUGUCUACAUCCCAGAGAAAUAGCAAAAACUAUAUUAACAUAGAUGAAACUGAUAGAAACAGAGCCUCACAAAAAGAAAAUAAUAUGGACAGUUUGUCACUAUCCUCUUAUGACUUAACCCUGGAUAAUAAUAUGGUGGUGUUCGAUCAACCUAAUUCAGAAUUAGGAACGAACAGAUUCGAAACGUCUCAAAAACGUAGAGAGGUAGAAAUCAUAACAGAAUCAAUCAACACUCAGUCAAAAAAGUCAGUUUUAACUGAAAAAACCUUAGAAAGUAGUCAAGAUGCCUUAUACGAUGCUAGAAAUACAACAAUUUGGCCAUUAUACUUAUCUUCCUCACAUAAAGUGUCUCUUUCUGCGCGACCAUCUGCAACUCAAAUCCCUUCAUUAUUAUACAAUACAAAAUUACCCCCGCUAAAAAAAGGAGCUUCACAAAUAGAAUCUCCAAUGGAACAUACAACACAAUUUGAGAAUAUAGUGGAUGUAGAGUCAAAAGCAUUGUCUGAAGCAACAAAAAGUAGUAAUCUGGAUGCUUCGACUAUGAUACAAUUGGAGUUAUUUUCCAAAGAACUAUCAGAAGAGAUACACCCAAGCUCUGUAGUGAGAAAUGUGGAGUGCCACUUAAAAGAAUUACAUAAGGAGAUAAGUGACAAAAAAUUGAUAUCUCCCACUCCAACCCCAGCAUUAGAUGUCACAGAUAAAGUUAAAAAAGAAGGUGCAGAACAUGAGUAUAGGUUAGAAGUAGAGGAUAUUUCAAGUGGCACCUCGCUAUCCUCACAGGUACCUUCCGCAGAUAAUCAAACCUCCAUCGAUAUCAUAAUCAAUUGCAUUCUUACAUCUUUUACUGAAAACCCAAACAGUGGGAAUCAUAAAAAGAGAAAAGGAUAUGAAGGUUUAAUAUCAUGCAGUAAUCAAAGUAUCGGUACAAAAUGUAGACAAACAAAUGCUGUUAAGUCUGAAGUACUAAAUAGAAAUUCUGAUGCACGCAACGAGACAGAAGAAGCCAACUUUGCCGAAGUGGAAAAUAUAGCUAAACCAAGUAAAGCAAGGCUUACAGAUACAGAAAACAUGUCACUCAGGCCUCUGGAUACAUUAACAGCUGGGUUAAUAGAGACUGCUGCGACAGGUGACGAGACAUUCCCAUCUGAAAGUCAAAUUACGCCAUUAAUUGAUCUGUUUCCUUUGCCACUAAAUCGGACCGGAGAAAGUGUAACGACAGCUCAAUUAGCAAAAUCAGUCGAAAAACAGGGUGGAACAGCAUCAACUGAAGAUACAACCACACCACCAACUGAAAUAUCACUGACAGUCGGGAUGUCAUUACAUUCACUCGAAACUGAGUCGACAGAGACUCCUAAUCUAAGUGCCAAAAAACUGUUACUAAAAGUUCCAAUCUCACCACCAAAUAAAUUGUCUAAAACACCUAAUCGUCUGGAAGCAGAUACCGAAAUCGAUGAGUCAACAAGAACUAUCGAAAUAAACUUUGAAGCAAUUUCACCUGAACACAACGAACCAAUUUCAACAACGAAUGGAAUAUCAUCAACACUGGAGACGCCGUAUGUGCCACAAGAUCCACACGAAGAAAAUGCAGCCACAACUGAAUUACCAGAAACAUUUAAAGAAAGUGCUGAAGCAUUACCAGCUGAAGAACAAGUUCUAAUUGUAGCACGUACAGAAAUAUUAUCAACAACAUCUGAAACUCCAGCUUCGUAUUCUCCUGCACUUUUCUCCUUGCCUACUAGUCCACCAGAAGCUAUCUGGAGAGCAUCCAAAGCUACUUAUGCAGAUGCCAAAGCUGCUUCUUCAGCGUCUUCAUCAAAGGUCAACGUAGCUGAAAGAAUCUCAAGAGAAGACGUAGUUGAUCUAUUAAUCACUGCACCAAACCAAUUACAAAAACUUGAUGGAACAUCAUCCAACGAAGAGAGGUCCCAAACAGUACCCUCAAAUAUUCUAGAUGGCAGUAUGAAAAAAUCAGAGCUAAAUACACACAUAAGAACUGAAGAUUCUUCAUCACCAGUAAUUUUAUCAUCAUUCACCUCAUAUGGAUCGACAUCAAUUUUAUCAGACUUAACAGUGACAGUCUCAAAUGAUACAACUUUCACAACUUUUGAUGCAGGAGUAUCAUCAAAAUUUCCAUUAAUACCAUUUCCAACGCCUUCUACAGCUUUUUCAGUAUUUCCAAGUACCUGGGGAUCAGUAAUUACGUCAGAAGUAACGACACCAACACCACCAGAAGCCUUUUCGUCACCAGUCACAAUCCAACAGGAUGAUGCAGAUUUGGAGAUAUCUAAAAGAUCAGAGAUAGGAGAAUAUGAGCCAAAGCUGAUUCGCUCAACAUUUUAUGAUGAUCCAGUAAUAUCAGAAGAGCAACCAAGUGAAGAGGUUAGGUCAAUGGAGGGUUCCGACUUAGCAUCAGACUGGAACAGGGAUAUGCUUGGAAAAUCUUCUAUUGCAUCUCUUAUCUCAUCAAUCACCCAGGGAUUUAGAAGAAAGGCGUAAAGUCGAUAAAUAAAUUCUUAAUUUCGUCUGGUGUGUAAAAAAUAUCACUCUCUAGAGUUAAGAGUGCAGUAUUUUGCAUAAAAAACAAAUAGAAAUGGUGUGUUAACAUUGACAAAUACUAAUGUAUGUUUUAUUAGAAAUGCUUUGUCAAGUUGAGGUCCAUACAAACAAAGAAUUUUGUUUAUGAUUUGUCUUCUCCAAAUAUAAUAAUAAUAAUAAUAUUUAUUUGCUUUCAAUUCAAUUACAAAUGUUACAGGUGGAAUAAAAAACAUGCAAAUAAAUAUGAACUACCCACAGAAGGGAAAGCCUGUGCGUGGUGAGAUGUCUAUCCAAUAUUCAGUCUAUAUCAGUAUAAUUGUCAUUAUAGGUACAAUCGUCAUAAUAGGGUGUGCGACGAAUCAGAGAAUGUCAUAUUAGGAAGUACAUUUGCUUUAGCUGCUGCAUGCUUGGAUAUGCUUAACCUUGUGUAUAUAUUAAGAAGUUUUAAAAAAAAAUUCCUUGACAGUGGAGGCGAGGUAUUUCAUUAAUCCACUUUUUUUGUUCUUUUUUAAACUGCAUAGAAUUAUACUGUUUUAAGAUAAUAGGCAAACUAUUGUAUGAGGCUUUGGUAAACAUACUCUCACUUUAUGGCGGGUAUCAUAGCCAUGCUCAGUUUGGCGUAACUUGUGUUUUAGUUGGUGCUGCUUCAUGAUGGUCUGGAUGAAGUAGAGUUGUCGAAUAUCGUGCACUCCAAUUUCGGUAUAUAAUUGUUCUGUUGGGUAUAUUCUUGGCUUAUUAUAUAUUACCUUUAUAGUGUACUUUUGUAUUGUCUCAAGAUUUUUCAUGUGUGUCUUACACGCUGCUCGCCACGCGAUCACACCAUACCUCAAAUGGCUCUUAACUAGUGAAUAAUAAAAUACUUUCAUUUGAUAGAAGUCAUAGUAUUUCAUAAGAUAUUUAAAUUUGUAAAGUAUUGUACGCAAUUUUUUAAUUACGAAAUGUAUGUGCGUGUCCCAUUUAAGGGUAGAAUCUAGGUAUGUACACUCCCAGAUAUCUAACACUGCGCGAAGAAGUUAGUUGUAAUUGUUCAUUAUAUGAAGGCCUCGUCUCAUAAAUAAAGAUGUGUAGUAUCCUUGAUUUCGCCCCGAACGACC